GGUCAGGGUAUAUAGCACGGAUACCAACGGUUACUGCGCCCAAGUCGCCGCCCGCAUUCUACCAGAUUCGAGUCCUAAGUUGUCGCAUAUAACAUUUGCCUAUCACUCAUUUACAAGUUUGCAACACAGCGUACUUCGUUUUAGAAACGAACAGGCAACAAUCAUCCGGGAACCGGUGUUGAAACGCCUGUCAGAUGCAAUUGACGGUGCUCGGUUCCAAAACUUCUUUAUAACUCUCUACAAUGGCCCGCCAGCAGACGGAUUCCUUUUCAUUUGGUCCUUCAUUAAUGCAACGGAUGCGAACUCUUGCAGACCUUGCCCUAAGGCGAUUUGGAAUACAUUGCGCAAUGCAUCAAGUUCGUCUCAUCCUCAUCUCAACGAUUGUCAUCACAUCCUUGUCAUAUCCUGCACUUGCCAUAUACUGGUCGACCCCAUCUUACUCGCACCUUGUAUCUACCUCGAACGCAUUCGACUCUUUCCUUGCUGCUCAUGCAGCAUAUGACAGCUACACACAACGGGACAUACAUCAACUUUGGGAUGGAAAUGCAAACCUCCAAGUACGAGACGAUUUCCUCACACGAGCGCGCUGCGGAAGUGAUCGUACACUUCGUGUUGAGCGGAUUCUAGUCAACACAGCUGAUGGAGCAGGGGCACUUUCCCUGCAAACUUUGCUUUACACCCUCCAUCUCGAACAACGGAUCCUCCAAGGACUUUUGAACCAUGGAAUCUCUUGCAACGACCUGAACUCGCGUCACUGUUUUGUUAUCAGUCCUCUUUCCUUUUGGGAGUACGACGAGGAGCGUCUGCGCAGUGAUCGAAAUAUCUCCCUAACGGUCUCUCACUCUGAAGGUGCUACAGCUGCAGGUAUGCAAGUUACACCACAGAUGGUCCUUGCAGGGCGCGAUUCCACAGAACGUAAUCCUGCCACCCCCGAUUCUGCAAUGUUCUUGGCACUUACCUAUCUAUUCCCUGAGUCGGAUUGUUUGAGGAGCGCUGGCCAUGAUUCUUGGCUACAAAUCAUCACGAACUCGACACUAGAGAGCGCAGAGAGCGCGCAAGUGUUUGCAGUGACUGCGGAUCCGACCCUAAUUGCGCUGGAGUACAACCAUAGCCUAUCCAAGACUACGGGAACUCCAUCCAUUUCAACGUUUCUAUACCUCGCGUAUGGUGCAUUUUUUGCAUAUGUCUCGUGGUCGAUGAAGCGUAUGAAUGGCGUGCACAACCGUAUCGGUCUCACCUUCACCGCACUCGUUGAGAUUGCAGCGAGUACAAUCACCAGUUUGAGUGUAUGCGCAUUGUUGCGGGUUAAAGUAACUAUGGUUCCUUGGAGCCUUCUCCCUAUUGUCAUCAUCUUCGUUGGCGCAGAGAAUAUGUUUAAUCUCGUGGAUGCAGUGACUCGCACGUCCAUCACACUUCCUGUCAAAGAGCGCAUUGCCGAGGGACUAAGCCGUGCCGGUACCUCUAAUACACUCAAAGUCGUGUCGUACAACAGCAUUCUUGGCGUCAUCGCCUUUUUUUCUGCAGGCGCAAUCAGGCAAUUUUGCACCUUUGCGGUGGUGGUUCUCGUGGCACAUUGGUUCCUUGCACAUACAUUCUUCUUGGCGGUACUCAGCAUCGAUAUCCAGAGGCUGGAGCUUAAUCAAUUGCUGAGGCAAGACCCGAGCUUAGCGCCUGCUGCAGUCUACUUUGACUCGCGAUGCCUCAUUGGAGAAAAAUACGUCCAAAUGGCAGCGAAGUCCACCCUCAAUAUGAAGGAAUCACUAAAGGGUCGCGCGUUGACGAAUAUCAGCCUGUUACUGCUUCUUGCUAUCACAGCAACAUUCAACGCAUGCAUGCGGCUCACCGUCGCCCAGAUUCGCAAGAUCCCUCCUGGCGUGUUUGGAAGACCUCUCAAUCCCGAUGAAGAGCCACUAGUUCAUCUUCGUCUUGAAGUCCCUACCGUUGUCGCGUUUCAGCCUGAUACAAGGGUAGAACAGGGUCACGAGCAUACCUCUGGGCUUGCACCUCCCGUUAACCUCAUCUUUUGGCUCUUUAAGUUCGUCGUCCUGCCAAUUAGCGUGACCACCGCCACGCUUUAUGGACUGCUGCUGUACUUGCUGAAAGAUGCGGAGCUACUCGAGGCACAGCGGAACCGUGCAGAGGCUGAUGUACCUUCUCCUGGGGGUGAAAAGUCACUGAAUGGACAAGCCUCUUUCAAGACACUACCACGCGCUUUUGCGACCGAUGUCGAGCUGCUUGCAUCAAGCAAAGACUGCGAAGUGAUAGCUGCCGUUGGACUGCAGAACGAGCUCAGCAUAUGGCACUUCAAUGACCCAAGCCCUAUCCUCGUCGAUACAAGCGGCGUUUUUCUGAGUACAGCCAGUACAUCAUUUUCGCAGGAGCGGAUAGCUGCUGUCGCCUUGGAUGACGCAGGAGAGUAUUGUGCCAUAGGGACAACAUGUGGGACAAUUGGGGUAUGGUUCAUUGCGGGGAGGACCGCAAAACCAUAUGCGACCCUUGCGCCACACUCGAUCUCGGCCGGGAUUAAGGAGUUGCAUUUUGCGCCCCCGCUUCAAUCAGUGCUGUCGCAGAAGAAUGGACCGCAGUCUCGCCCAUGCACGCCUCCGCCUGGUCCUCCUGAACCAGAGCCCCUCGUCGUUGCGUAUGAGAAUGGAGCCAUUGCCCAAUGGAUGAUGGAGAGCCAUACGUCAGCGUCAUUCAUCUCCCCAAUCUCAUCCGAGCCUAUCUUGCAGAGUCAUCUUCUUCGUGUUCGCUCAGACAACCGGAUAUUGGCGGCAUUCGUGUUGGCAGAUGGAUCGCUGGAGGUGCUCGGCGUCUGCGAAGCUCGGAGUACUGUGCCAAUCCGCUGUGCGCUGCAAGCAGGCAGCUCAGCAGACCGGGUCAGCGAGGUGGACGCGUGUAAAGUCAGGCUAGAUGGCAGGGAUCAUAUAAUCAUUGGCGUCGCUUCAGCGGCUGGCGUCAUUUCCUUGUGGGAUGCUGGUUCCUCUGAGUGCAUCUUCAUCUUAGAGGAAAACCAUGGGGGUAUCGACCAACUACGGAUAUCCAACUCUCGUGUCGUGAACUGCCAGUUCUGUGGUGAACCACCCAUGGACAGCUUCAUGGUCUCUGUCUCGAUUGGCAAUGAUGUUAUUUUCUACAAGGUUUACGUCACGUCGCAGGGAAGGAGGUGUACGUGCCCUCGGAACAAUCCACAACAAUCGACCAUUCUGGAGCUCGCUACGGGUCGGCGCUCACGAAGUAGUAGCAUAGCCUCUACUACAGGGCCAUCCUCCGUGACAUCCACUCGCAGGCUGUCCUCUGCUAGUAAUGCGCCUGCACCAGACAUUUCUGCGUUUCCUGUUUCCGGCCAUGGGAUUCUCUCCCGCAGAGCCUCAGAAAAAGGACUGCGCCGCCUUUCGGAGAGCUACGUGCUACCCCAUCUAACAGAUGACGAUGAGGAUGGCUAUUCCACCUGCAUCGACCCACCAAUAUCACGUCCGUCAACGUGGUCGAAUGUCGCCGUUCUCAGAGCGGGUGGUGCGGCAUGCGAGCGGGGAGGCUGGGACAUUGCAGGCGAAAAAGUAAUAGGCGUCCGCCGAGUAUCCCGGGCGCACACAAAAGGCGCACCCCUACUUCCACCUUCCUCGACAUCGCGUGGACUAACAUCCGCGGUUCUGGACCGGUGGGAGAUCUGGUUGUUCGAUACUGGUGUCUCAAAAACUCGAAGUACUGCUCUGUCGAGCCUUACUGAUGACCUUCCUCUCUCUAUCCGGCGGUCGUUUCUUCCUUCAAUGUACCUGAGCCAGCCACCCUCACCGACUGCGGUACCAGAAGAGUACCCCCGCAUUCCAUUCACGCGGGUGUCUCCCUUCCUUGCGAUCCGCGGAGCUGCGAUGGCAGGGUUUGGGAAUACUGUAGGAGUCUUCCUCAUUUCAUGA